AUGUCUGGUCUCAUCAACAAGGUCAAGGACGCUAUCCACUCCGACAAGGACAAGUCCCACGAGCAGCCUACUGGAACUCACGGCGGCCAUUCGUCCCGUGCUGCCAACGCUGCUGAUCCUCGAUAUGAUUCGGAUAGAGACCAUCGUGCGAACCCUGGCACCACAACCACUGGUGGCCUGGGAUCUUCCACCCACAACGCUGGCACAGCUGAUGGCUUGACUGGAGGCACCUACUCCGAGAACAUGCCUGGCCAUACUACUGCCGGACGCACUGAGAACCUGCCUGGUCAGACCACUGCUGGCGGCAUCGGCUCUCAUUCUUCAGGUCUUCCCGAGGGAACCACGGGGCCCCACGGAAGCCGCCUUGCCAACGCGGCAGACCCUAAGGUGGACAGUGAUCUUGACGGUUCUCGACGUGUUGGUGGCUCCAAUACUUAUGGACAAACUACUACUGGAGCUUCGGGUCUUUCAAGCCACGGUGCUGGUGCUCAUGGUGGCAUUGGAGGCACAUCUGCUGGUUACAGCACUGGUCCUGGAAACACUGUUGGUCCCCAUUCCAGUGAUAUGGCCAACAAACUUGAUCCCAAGGUGGACAGCGAUCUUGAUGGAUCCCGAAGACUUGGUGGUUCUAACACCCACGGUAGCCAGGGCGGUCUCGGCGGCGGCUCUGGCACUUACAGCCAGACUACUACUGGCACUUCAGGCUUCUCCAGCCAUGGUGCUGGUGCACACGGCCCCACUGGCACCCACACCUCCGGCUUGGGCGGAACUGGCUCCACCGGUACAUACGGUUCUACCGGCACCGGACCCGGCCCUGCUCCUAACACCGCUGGCCCCCAUUCUAGUGAUUUGGCCAACAAACUUGAUCCAAAGGUGGAUAGCGACCUUGACGGUAGCAAAACUCUUGGCAAAGACAAGACUUUCCAGCAGUCAAACAGCAACUAUGGUCAAAAAGAUCCCACCGAUGCUGCCCAGGUUCCUCCUUCUGUUUUACAGAAACACGUUCCUUCUGAGAUCGCUCACGAUGAUCCUCAUAGUGACCACAGUCGACGACACAGCAGCACCCACCAGGAGACUCACCGGGGUCUGUAA